AUGCAUUUGUUCAAAAAGGUUCUACAUCACAAGCUGGGUCCACGCCUUCCUACACAGCAAACUUCUCAGGAGCAUAAUGACGAUCAUCCCACCACAGGAGCAGAUGGUGAUGGAAUGAAAGCAGACAUCGACAGGGAGUCCGACGAUGGUCCAAAGCGCUUUAUACAUCUCCCUAAUGAACUUCAGAUGACAAUUUUACAAUAUUUAUCAUACGAUGACAUUGCUAAAAUAAGGAGGACCUGCAAAUUGUUGAACACACUUUGUUCCUAUUUGCUUAAUAGAGGUUUUCAACAGUUAGGGAUUGAUAUAGAUAGAGAGAAGUUACGAAUCAAACGAGAGCUGCCUAGGCGAGAAUCAAUGAGAAGAUCUCAUCGACUUUCACGUCUCAAUGAUGCUUAUGCCGGAUUGGAUACUCGAUUUUCCAUCAUGGCCAUGACGUAUAGGAAGUUUAUCGAUAUGAAGGUCACCUGCUUCAUACCAGGGAAGGUCCUCGAUGAGUUUUUCCGUAUAAUUGACAUUCUGAAGAAGUCACACGAUAAGGGCGGAACACUAGCUAUAGACAUCCAUGAGCUUCUAAAGGAUUUGAGAGAUCUAUCGAGUAUGGCAAUGGAGCAUUUCGAGGAGCAUGUGCAGCCUUCGCUCAGUACUACUACAUCAGGAUCGUUAUCUUCGACGUACUUCAUGUCUGUACAUCCACUACUGCGUCCCUCGAUACAAGCGCCAUCGUCAUUGAGAGACGUGGACAGCUGUGAAUGGCGUAAGAACGUUACGGAUAAAUUGGCUCAGCAAGAUAAAAUCAUCCGGAAACAAAGUGCUGAGAUUAUAUCCCUCAAAUCUUGUAUUAGACAACUGGUUCUGGUAUGCACGCAGCUAACUGAUCCAGUGUCACAAAAAGGAAUGGACGACAUCCUAGAAGGUGUACUUGAUACAGUAUCGGUGGACGGAUCAACCAAUUUCCCAUUCAUCACCAAUCGCCUUGCAGUGAAUCUUGGCAAGAUCUUCUAUCCACUCUACUUGACUCAUUGGCCUAUUUAUAUACUUGCAAAAUACCACGUUGGUGCUUUGCAUAAUGCGGUUGAAGUCGGGAUUGCUGUCGACUUUGGUAUCACCUUGUUUUAUCAGUGUUAUCUGAAGAAGCUUUACGCUCGAAUGUCAUCGAUGACAACAAAAGUACUCUAUGCUUUGAUGAUUUUCUCUACCGUUGUACUAUCAAUGAGAACUAUCGAAUUCGUGAACGAAGAACUUCACUACAUCUCGAUUUCGUUCCAAGAUGCCCUUUACGAUAUCCUCAAUGCGAUGUUUUGA